UCAACGGCCGGGUGCUGCCAGCGAACGACCACCCCGCUUUCCCUUCUUGCAUCUCACCUCCACCCACCCAGGCUCUCACUGCACAACGCAUCGCGUCACCGUUUUUUAGCGCAAAUCUGUCAUCCACUAUCAGGCCAACGAGAAGAACACCACGGGCUUCGUCAAGCCCAUAGGAGAUGAUGCCUCAUCUACAAUAAUUUCGACCGUUGGGGUUUCUGCACAUUCAAAUGCGCUGUUUCGCGUUGUUGAACACAGCACCACAACUCUCCAAGAGGCGUCAUGAGGCCACCGCUGAGUUUCGAAGCUACCUACACCAGGUCAUUAUCAUCUCGGGGCGCUGUUGGGACGGUGUUUGCGCGCUGUCCUCGAGCGCUCCAAAGCGGGAUCAGCCCGCGGUCACACAAGGACCGGAAUCAUCCAAUGGGCAACGGAUCAGCGAACACACGGGCGAGCCGCCAGAGUGGCCGCAGCAGUGGGCUUGCUCCAAGCCGACAGGGGUGACGAGCAGCCCUGAUUUGGUUUGGCUGAUUUUAGAGAGCCCCCAACGCCGCCCGCCCAGGCUGGGCGUUUUUUUCUCUGCCCGAGUUCCCCAACACCAGCGCUUCCUGAGCCCCCGUUACGAGCGCUCCUUGGGAGGUUCCCCAACCUUCCCCCAACUCUUCCGCAACCCGGAACGGAGCUUCUGUAUUCGCAAGCCCUUGGCUUCCCAGCCGCCCACAUCCCUCUUCCAUGGGGCCAUCGAUUGCUAUCAGCCUGCUGUGAGCUCGGGGGACACUGGGUUUCUCGGAAGGACGAGGCCCAGUUUCGUCACAACUUCGGCCACUCGGCAUCACACGGUUGAUCAGCGGUGCGUGUGACAACUCAACUCACAGGCCCUUAUGAGCUUCCCCGCCACCGCAGUACCCAUCACCGCCCGCAUCGCCGAUUCUCUAUUUUCACGCAGCUAUCCGGCCCAAGGUAGGGUAUCUCGUCUGUAGCCCUCGUUCAG